CUUUGGCCUCUAGUGUCGGCAUCUCGGAAGAGUCUUUGACGUCAUCAAACUGCGACUGCAUAAUGUGAAAGUUCUGUAUGUGCCCCUAUGGUCUGUGUGCAGAGCUGUCUCUGAGGUAACAUGACGGCGCCCUCCGCACAGGAGAGAAAAGCAUGCUGGGACGCCAGGGACAAUUACUGGCAGUGCCUGGAGGACAAUAAGGACGAUGCGGGCAAGUGCCAGCAGAUGAGGCAAAGCUUCGAAAACCUUUGUCCCCGGCAGUGGAUUAAAUAUUUCGAUAAGAGGAGAGAUUACCUAAAAUUCAAAGAAGAAAUGGAUACGAAAGGAUUUGAAUCUGCGAAGCCCGCGGAGAACACGUAGCGCCGCGCCCCCGCGUAGCACAGGGAUAUUUUAAUUAUUCUUCUGGUCCCAUCCGGUUCUGUCUACACCUCGCACACGGGAUCCGCCAUUUUGUAAAUUAUAAUUUGAUAUCGGGGAAACGUCCUUACAUCUUCCUGCUGGUUUUGUAUAUACACGGACAGUGAAUAAACGUGACAUUGCUGGUC